AUGAGCACCAACGAAGAAAAAUUACUCCAGGCAGACGGAUUUUCACCUUCUGAUUGUAAGAAUGACUCAGCGGAUCACAAAACAAUUUUUGGCUAAUUGCAGAUAUUAGAGAUCGAUUGAAAGGAGUCAAAGUGGGCGAUGAAACUCGAAAACUUCGUCAGUUUCGUUCAGAAAUGAGUGCUCUGAAUCAUGCUUCUCAAGAAACGCUCAAAAACAAUGUUUUCCGGAACUAUCAACAAUUUAUCGACGCUUCCAAAAAAAUUUCUCGUAAGUUGUAUUAUAGUAAAUUCAAUUCAUCGCUAUUGCCCCUCGGUGUUUGCAGACUCAAGCCAAAAUUUCUGAAAUAAGGCUCGAGUACGCAAACACCGAGGGGGCAAGAGCGGUAAAUUGAGUAUAAUUGAAAUUGCUCGAUCGGAAAUAUUUUGAUGCUAUUCCACUAGUGAUCGUUCAGUCUUGGAGCGCGAAAUCUACCAACUAACUCAUCACCUGAUGGAGCAAAAGCAAGUCAUAGAAAAUUUGGUAAUGAUGACUGGAGACGACAAAAACUCCAUCCACACUGUUUCGAGCCACUCAACAGCUGCAUCUACUACUAAUCCGAUCCAGAUUCUAAUGCAAAAAAUGGAAGGAAUUGGGGUAAAACCUUCAAAUAGAAAAAUUAAGUGAUAAAAACUAUCUUUAGGGUAUUCUGAAUAAUAUGUCUACUUCUGAAAAAGUGAUAUUGUAUGGAGAAAUGGAACAAUUUGAUGGAGAAACUAAGAAGCCAGUUCAAAAAUGUAUGCUUAUACUUCUUUCGCACAGACUUAUCAUUGGAAACAUCAACGCGGUAGGGAAAUACGUGUAAGUCUAUUGUUGCACCUAUACGUGAAUGAUCUGAUCGUCUUCAGAAUGGAAUCCACUCUCUCCCUGAACUCAGUAGCACCUGUAAAUGUGAAGGAUCGAGCAUCAGGAGCUGCGAAUGCUGGAAAAGUGCUGAAGCUGUUGAUAUUCCCAGAAUCGCGUUGUUACCUGUGCGAAAGCGCUCGAAUUCGAAAGCUGUGGUUUGAUGAACUCGAGCAGGCCAAACGUGAGAUCUUGCAUAAAGGAAGUCUCGUCCGACAAGCAACUAUUCGUGGAAAGCGGCAGACCGUUAAAGAUCGCUUCAAAACGGCGGCAGUUAUUGAAGAGCAGAAAACUGUAUUCCACGAAGAAGAAGAGGAGAAAAUUCAAGAGAAGAGUUUGUUUUUGUUUGCAGUUUUCCAUCUAAACCUCCUAUGUUCAGAUGACAACGAUAUUGUGUGGCUCUCAGAACUUCCAGCAGAAUUGGACGAUUGCAUUGCUCAUCGUGAUUUAGAACAGGCUGUUGAGCUGAUUCAUGAAUGGAAACAAUGUUCUACGAAAGAUACUGUUCUUGACAUUCAGUUGCAAAUGAGAGAAAACCAGGUGAAAAACAUUCAUCUCGAUUCGAUUCGAUUCUCGAAUAUAAGAUGGGAGAAGUCAUAUUUUUAGAUUGUACAACUUCUUUGUGAAGAUGUCAGUCGACCCGGAGCUGUUCACGGCGGCCCGAGAGCCAUGAAAAAGGCGAGAACACUUCUGACUCUAUUGGGAUGUGGUACAUACGCAACCGACGUUUACUUGCGUCGUAGAAGUGCUAUGCAAAGAAAUGCGAUGCGAGAUGUCACUGUUUCAGAAGAACCUAUAUCCUAUGUUCGACAGCUUUGCAAUAUAUAUGGAAGUGCAGUGUCCGACAUUGCAAACGAGUACCGGUCGAUGCCACAGUUCUACUGCCAGGUUCUCCAAUGGUGUUCGUGCGAACUGAGCACACUGCUGACAUUAAUUCGGAGACACGUCAUAGAGGUGGCGCCAGCCAUCGCAGUGAUAGCUUACACGUGGAAACACGUCAUGCACACUAUGGAUGACUUGACAGCAAUUGGCGUUCAUCUCAACUUCGAAGUUAAUCGACUGCUGAGCACACCUUUGGAAAAGGCGUUACAAGGAAAUUUCGAGAACAUUUGUGAUGCUAUCAAAAUGAGAAUUUCGGAGGAGAAAUGGCGUCCCUAUGUUCUUGAAUCUGAGUCUGCAUUGAAUCGCCUCGUUGAAGAGCUGUCUGAUGUGGGAAUAAACGUGGAAUGGGCGAUUUCUGCGAAUGACGAGUCACGAAGUUCACUGAAUGUCUCACAAAACGUUGUUCACUUCGCGAAGGUGGCGCAUACGCUGUCAAAGGAUCUAGCUCCAUUGAGACUGUCUCCCAUUCAAGUACUUUGCGAAGUAUACGCCGAUGAGCUCUGGAAGAUGUAUUUGAAGCAUCUAGCCGAUAAUAUCCGCGACGGAGCUGUUUUCGCCUACUCAACAACUUUCAUUCUAACCCAAGUAUUGUCAGCGUUUACAUUUCCCAGACAAUAUAUUUUUAUUUCAGGUGUUACCAGUGUGUGACCGUAUUCUCUACGGAGAAGAAGGUGAAUUAAUUCGGCUAAUUGAACAGUUCCCCAGUUUAGCCCCAUACGCAGAUGAAUCAGAUGACGAUAACGCGUUGACCAAAGACGACGAAGAAGUAGCUCAUGUAUAAACUAUUCGGAUUUAAAAGCUCUGGCAAUGUCGCUCUACCACAGUCCCACGCGAAAAGCCGGCCACGGACGUAACCGUUUCCAAUUUAGUACUGAAUUCGUGUGGAGAGCGCUAGCGCGCGAUUGACAGACCUUUGAGGCUAUGUAUCUUAGAACUUCCCCUCGUCUUGCAUCUUUUGGGAUCUAUACAACAGAAAACAUCGUCUGCUUCUUCCUUUAUUGUUUCCCAUCCGAAAGAAAAAGUGACUAACGUAUUGAAAUAUAGAAACAAAAGAUAUUGCUUUUGUCAUAUCGACAAAAUGUGUCAUCCAUGCUAUGAUUGGGCGAAAACUGCUCGACAAUGCAAUAUCAAUUCGUCAUCCAACUUUACAGUAG